AUGCCUAAAGCUACUACACCAAAGGCCGCAGGUGUCAGGCGGCACAAUCCUCUCGAGGACGACUUGGUCGCAACCGGCCUGCUGCGUAACAAGGCGCCGAAGCGCAAAUCCAAGGAUGGCGACGCCGACGAGGAGCACUAUGUCGAUGCGAAGGCGUCCAAGCAGAUCCUCCAGCUAGGACGAGAGCUGAUGGAAGAGAACGAUGCGGCACCGCCGAGACCGCCUACCGAGUCCAAUGCUUUCGGUUUUGAUUCAAGGUUCGACCAGGAGGGCGAGACCGAGGAACCUUUCGGCGACGACGAUGCCGCUUGGGGAGAGGAGGAAGAGGAGGUUGAGGAGAUCGAAGUAGAGCCCGAAGAUUUGGAGAUGUACAACAAGUUCCUGCCCACCGACGAAGACCCACUGCUCAAGCAUGGAUGGCCAGGACAGGAAGAGCAGAACGCCGCGGCAGCAGGAGGUAUGAAUCUGGCUGAUAUCAUCUUGGCCAAGAUCGCAGCACAUGAAACUGGUCAGGACGCCAGCGCGGAAGCAGGCCCUGUCGAUGAGGACUACGAAUUGCCUCCCAAGGUGGUUGAGGUAUACACAAAAAUCGGCUUGAUUCUAUCUCGCUACAAGAGCGGAAAGCUCCCCAAGCCGUUCAAGAUCCUCCCCACGAUCCCCCACUGGGAAGAUAUCAUCCAGCUCACGAAGCCCGAGGACUGGACUCCAAACGCCGUUUACGAGGCUACUCGCAUCUUCGUCUCAUCGAACCCGGCCGUUGUCCAACGAUUCUUAGAGAUGAUUGUUCUCGACAGAGUUCGGGAGGACAUUUACGAGAAUAAGAAGCUCAACGUCCACUUCUUCAACGCCUUGAAGAAGGCCCUGUACAAGCCUGCCUCCUUUUUCAAGGGCUUCCUCUUUCCCCUUGUGGCAAGCGGAACGUGCACACUUCUCGAAGCUCGCAUCAUCUCGGCAGUUCUGGUGCGAAUCCAUAUUCCGGUCCUGCACUCGGCCGCCGCUAUCAAGGGACUGUGCGACAUUGCCGCCGAGGAGGCUUCGUCUGGCACAGAGGGUGGUGGCGCAACCAACAUCCUGAUUAAAGCUUUGUUGGAGAAGCGAUACUCCCUCCCUUACCAAGUUAUCGACUCUUUGGUAUUUCAUUUCCUCCGAUUCCGAAGUCAAGACCCAGCCUCCGUGCAGCAGGGCGACGCCAUGGACACCAGCGGCGAGCGGGCUGCUACACAGGCAAAGCUCCCUGUAAUAUGGCAUCAGUGUCUUCUCAUGUUCGCUCAACGGUAUAGAAACGACAUCACAGAGGACCAGCGUGAGGCCCUUCUAGAUCUUCUCUUGUCUCAUGGUCAUCAGAAGAUUGGACCUGAGGUUAGGAGAGAGUUGCUGGCAGGUCGUGGACGUGGUGUUCCGCUGGAGCCGCAAGGGCCGGCGCUGGAUAAUGAUGAUACCAUGAUGGCUCUAGAUGGUUGA